GUUUCUUCUAAUGUAACCAGAAAGAUGUUACGUGCUGAUUCUGACGACGAUAUCGGCAGUGAAGUGGUUCGCAAGAGGCACAAGGCAGAUGACAAUAGUGCUACCGAUUUAGCUCAACUUCGAGCUUACUUCCUCCCUCCUGUGCACCGACACGAUGAUGACCAAACAAAAGCACCAUUGUCAUAUGCGUGUCGUUUCUGCCACCGGGGCGAAAAGGACCCUGUUCGUGUCAGUUUGAGCAAUUUGACAGGGAACCUUCAAUCCCAUCGCGAUGGAUACACCGCCGUAGGCCGAUCUGACAAAGGCUGUCCUGGACGCCUCAAGGCCAAGGAAGAUAAAUCACUUGGAGUACCUCUAUCAGUUGCAGAGAGACGGUUCAAUGAGAAGAAGAAACUCGGACCUCUUGAUGGAUUCGUCACAACCACCCCCGGCGCAAAGUUCAACAAUGUCACCUUCAACCAAAUGGCUUGCACGUGGUUGAUUUGACACGCGCUACCUUGGAAUCGUGUUGAAGACCCUAUCCUCAGGGCUAUGGUAAGGUAUCUUCGAAAUGACGCCAAGCUUUACGGUCGCAAAUGGGUUUCCACCGAAGCAAGACACAUCAAUAAGUCUUUGAAAUCAAACGUUUUCAAAGAGCUCCAGCAACUUACAUCCCGCUUUAAUCUUGUACACGACGGCUGGACGAGCAAAGGUAAUCGACACGGGUUUAUUGGAGCUUCGGUAAAUUUCAUUGAUACGAAAUGGAACUAUCACGUGCGGCAUGUGGGCUUGAAGGUUGUUGCAUGGC